GCGUCGUGACUGGUGCAGCAACCUCCUGGACGACUAGAAAUUUAUUUCGUAUCUGUUUCUCCAUCAUACCACAACCCACUACCUGAGGGGCCGAACAACACAUUCUCCUUUUUGUCUUAGCUUUGCUCCAGACCCUCAAUCGACAUCCCUAGGACCCUGAUAGAGGUGCCAUUACCAUGGCCGACCAGCACCCCGAAACCGGCCUCCCGCCCAACUGGGAGGUGCGGCUGUCCAAGAGCAAGAACCUCCCCUACUACUUCAACACGUCCAACACGACGUCGCGGUGGGAGCCCCCGCCAGGCACCGACACGGACAAGCUCAAGCAGUACAUGGGCAAGUACCACUCGUCGGCGCUUCCCUCGGACUCGCCCCAGGCCGGCCAGAUCCGCGCCGCGCACCUGCUCAUCAAGCACCGCGACUCGCGCCGGCCCUCGAGCUGGAAGGAGGAGAACAUCACGCGCACCAAGGAGGACGCCCGCCGCAUCAUCGAGGCCCACAAGGAACGCAUUGCCUCGGGCGAGACCUCGCUGGCCGCCCUGGCCACCACCGAGAGCGAUUGCAGCAGUGCCCGCAAGCGGGGAGACCUCGGCUUCUUUGGCCGUGGAGACAUGCAGAAGGAGUUUGAGGAGGCUGCCUUUGCCCUCAAGCCGGGAGAGAUCAGCGGCGUGGUUGACACGGCCAGCGGCCUGCAUCUGAUUGAGAGGUAUUGUUCUGCGCACUAUGGUUGGCAUGAGGUGAUCACUGAAUAUAUGGAUGCAGCAAUGCGGAGACCAGAGACCUGAAUAACAGCAGAAGAAGAGUAGGGGUCCAAUUACCGGGGAAGACCGGGCCAGGCAAUUUGGAAACAUCUCACACCACAGAUCUAUAUCAAUGUCCAUGAUAUGGGAACUGGCAAAAAUACAAACAAGGGGACAUGGUGCGAGUGGCCGUCCAUCCCAGAGAUCAGUCAGAUUUCCAAUGUACACCAUCAAAGAACCUAAAUCUCACGAGGUUACGAUUCGUUACGAGGAGAUGAUGGAGAGGGCCAAAACCCGAAUAAAAAAAAUAAAAAAAGACCAAAAACAAAGAAAUCUUUGCCUGCUCAUAUUUAACCUCGUGGUGUGUUGGGUCAUUGGUUGUAACAUGGCUUCGUCAUCCUAGUUGUGCUCGUGGCAUAGUAUUUCGAAUCUUACCCUUUUCGGCAAAGUGCAGUAGCAGAACAGUCUGAGUAGUUCCAGCCAUGCGGUUCCCUGUGGGUGGGAUAAUCAC